GAUACCUUUAAGAUAACGAUAUAUAUACUGGUGUGAAAACGUGUUGGACACAGAUUCGAUACGGUGCUUAUUGCAGCCAUGUUGAGGAAAAAUGGCAUACUUUGUCUAUUAGUCGGCCUAUAUCUUUGCGUUUCGGCCGAGUCAGAUGGCGACAUCAUACAGGAGUUGAGCGAGAUAAAAUCUGAAAUGGCAAAACUGAAGAGAAGUAACGAAAUGAUGGCCGAGGAAAUCCAAAAUCUCAAAGGCAUUGUUGGACAAAAACCUCACACCGGCGCAUCACGUGAUAGACGGCAGCUUCAGGACUUGGCCGGAGUGGCUUUCACUGCCGAGUUGAGCAGUGAUCUACAUACGAUCACCCGAGGUAGACCUAUCGUGUAUGACCAUAUCCUUCUCAACCAUGGGAAUGGCUACAACCGUGGGGAUGGCAUCUUCGUCGUACCUCUAAGUGGAGUGUACUGUUUCUAUUGGAACCUGAUGACUGAAGACACCGGUGCCUUUGACUCGAGCCUCUGGUCAACGAGAGGUCGACUUGGUGACGGCUAUUCUGACCGGGAUAGUACAGGUGGGAACCUUGUCACAGCCCAACUUGACAAAGGAGACCAUGUCUGGGUUCAAAAGGCUGAUAAUUAUGGAGACUUACUUACAUAGCAGAUUCACCUCAUUCUCCGGGUUUCUUCUGUAUGAAGUAGAAUCAGCACCUGUGCUCGGCUGAAUGGCACCAAAACAGUAAACGGAAUGACAUCAUCAUGAAAAUGACAGAAAAUGGAAUUUUAAGAUUGUUGAUAAAAUAAACAAAUAAUUCAACAUCAUUCUGUUAAUAUGUUUUGGAUACCUCAAAUACCAUGUGAGGGUUGUAAUUUACAUCCAUUUAAAUGAAGAAUUUUUUUGAAAUUCUAACACUUUAUAAUUUACAUGUAGAAGGCAUUUAUUUUGUUUUUGACAUGAAAUUGUUUCUUCAUUGUAAACUAAAUCAAAUAAAUAUUAAAGA